UAGCUAGGAGCUUGCCUUCGGCUAGACCAGAAAUGCUUAUUCUAUACCAUAGGAAAAUCCUUGGGGCCUGUGGGAACAACUUGGAAGUGGCUGUUCAGUAAUGCAUUUGAGCUCAUGAACAAGAAUUAGGCCGCCAUGAUAGGCAAAAUUCUUUUCCCAUGAAGCUAGGGCCAUUUCACAGAUGCAGUCAGGCUGCAUGCAUUCAUUAUGUUUAUUGCUGCUACCGCUGCUACUGCUGCUGCUGCUGCUGCUGCUCACUCGUGCAGCACGGUGCGCGCUUCGUAGACCCAAUCAGCGGAGCUGUCACAUUUCAGCCUGUCUCCAUCGGCCCCUCUCUUUGCAGCAAAGCAGACAGGCGGUUAUCUGUCUGCUGCAGCGGUUGGGUCUCCGGUGGGUUUCAGGACUCGGAGACUGGGACACUGGGUCCAUCCAGCGAUCGAAGCUAGCGAGUAAAAAGGAGCAUAUCGUGGCCUUCUCAGUCGGCCUGGGCUUUUUUUUUUUUUUUUUUUUGUUUUUGUUUUUGUUUUGCCAAUUGCCAAUUGCCCGUCUAGUGUACCCUUCCUUGGCGGGGCGUUCCGGACGGGUUGACAGUCACCCAAUCCUUGGUUCUUGUCUGCAUUAUUGCUGUGGAAGUAUUGAUUGCACUCUCGUGUGCGUCAGGCGUGUCUCUCGUAUAAUUGAUGGUGUCCGGGAUGUAGAUUUCUGGAGGGGGGCUUUGAAAGAAAGAACAAAGUUAGAGCGAAAGAGAGCAAGAGUCAACAGAAAGCAACGUUUGAACUUCCCCCCUCAUCCCCAACUCCAACUACAAACAAACCAUUUGCUUUGUACCCCACCGGGUCGGAACAACUCGCCCUCCCCCUCUUUCCCCUUUGAGCCUCCUUGUCUCUCUCGGUCUCUCUCGGUCUCUCUCGUUCGCUCACUCGCGCCAUCCUCAACUCAACUCUCCUCCUCCCGUCUUUCUCUUUCUCUUGCUCUCCCCCUCUCUUGCUAUCUUCUCCUUCUUCGUUUGUUCUUGUCCUCAUUGUUUGCUCUCAUCUCGCUCUGCCGCUAGUUCAACAUGUCCGACCUGCAGGGCCGUAAGAUCUUUAAGGUCUUCAACCAGGACUUCGUUGUCGACGAGCGCUACAAUGUCACCAAGGAGCUAGGUCAGGGCGCAUACGGUAUUGUCUGGUAUGUUGUGCUGUG